CUCUACCUCUGUUGGCUGGGUGGUAGCCUAGCUGUUCAUCUGGGACCGAGACUUCUUCUUCAUAUUUUUCAUUCAUUUGUCUUGCAUUGUGCCAGCGUUAUCAGUUCUUCCGACUGAGUAGUCCCAGAACGGCGCGGUCGUACAUUGUCUGUCCCUGAAUAAUAGGCCUCCAUCCCAAGACCAGGGCGCGGGCGCACCUUGACAUCUCUUGGACUUAGAUCAUCAAUUCUGGACAGUGUUCACGCAGCUCCCAUGUGGGAGUGACUUAUUCACCCGCAUUGAAUUGUUCUCCUUCGUUUGUCUAUGACAUCGUCGGUCGCCAUGAAGCUGGAAGAUUCCGGGAUCCUCAAAGACCCUCUCAUGGAAGAAAAGGCCGUCUCCGAAGACGAUGACCACCAACCACAACCUCUACCACUCUCACUCAGCGGCGCGCCAUCACGAAUCAUCUCGAAAACAGCCAUGUUGCUUCGACCGUCGCAUGCCUACCGGCUGGGCAAGCGAUUUGCGUACUGCUUUGCCCCUCAAAUAAUACGAUCGCGCGUGUGGAACGAGGAAGCCCCGAAACCGAAACAAUUCCCGACCAGCUAUCUCAACGGCCUUCGAGGCAUCACCUCUGUCAAAGUCUUUACGUUCCAUUAUAUCAUGGCGUUUAGCAACGGCGGCUUCGAACCCUGGGGCACGGACUCGCGUCACAAAUACUUCCUCGAACUUCCCAUCAUUCGCUACUUCUACGCCGGAUUUACCGCACACAUCUUCUUCGGGAUAGCAGGCUAUCUCACCACACUACGACUGUUCCAACUAAUCGACCGACACGACCAGGCAUCGCAAUCAAAAGUCCUGAUCAACAUCUCGGGCGCCCUGUUCCGUCGAGCGUUCAGAUUAUACCUCCCCACCUUCAUCAUCACCCUGAUCACCGCGCAUUACAUUUACUUUGGCUUCUACGAAGGCAAUCGGCCUUUGCUAGAGGACCAUCUCAAGCUGUUCCCAGGCGACUGGAACGAGCCCAAACCAGAGCGAGCCGCGACCUACUGGAAGCAGUUAUACUUCUGGGGCCAUGAGAUGUUCGACCUGACCAACAUCUUCACAGCUGGAGCCGUGUACCCGUGGCACGAUCAACAUCUAUGGUCCAUCCUCGCCGAGCUCAAAGGCUCGUUGUUCCUGUACAUGGUCCUGAUGGCCACGGCACAAUGUCGCGUCUACGUGCGCCUGGCAGUCAUGUGCGCCAUGACUUAUAUGUACUUCCUCUGGAACCACUGGGAGAUCUGGGUGUACAUCCUGGGCGCCAUCGUCGCGCAGAUCGACCUCCUCCUGACCGAGCGCGAAGACAGAAAAAAUCAACUCCUCCCCAGCGGUGUCCCCGACCGAUUCCCGCCUUCGCCGCCACGAUCUCCCGCACCGGACGAAAUGAAGCGUCAAGAUCAAUACCCAUGGACCCAGUACUUCCGACCCAGCACGAUAAUGCCCACGACGGGCCGCGCCUGGCUACGCAUCUUGGGAUUCCUCGUCGCCUUCUACUUCUUGUCCUACCCGAUCCACGGCUCUCGCGACUAUGCACCGGGCUACGUCUGGCUCAACCAGAUCAUUCCCGAAUGGAUGGACCGAAAAGACAAAUUCUACCCGAACAUCGGCACGGCGAUGCUCUUGCUCCUCCUCGCGCGCUCGGACCCUUACACGUCGAAAUGGCGAUGGAUCCUGAACACCAACGUCGCCCAGUAUCUCGGCAAGAUCAGCUUUGCCUUGUACCUGGUCCACGGGCCGAUCCUGCACGCGUUCGGAUACAUGCUUCCCCAGCGCAUCUGGUGGAUGAUGGGCAUUCAGGGCGUCGACGCGACCGAUGCCGUCUGGUCGGCCGUGGUUUUUGUCGGAUGGGCAUUCAGUCUGGCUGUCUCACUGUGCGUGGCCGACGUCUGGACCCGAGAGGUCGAGAGCAGGUGCGUCAAGGCCGUCAAGAAGUUAGAGGAUAUCUGCUUUGUCAAGAAACAGGCCUGAAUGGGAGAGCGAACCGUGCCCGCAUCAACAAUCUCCUUUUUCUCCCUGUUCUUUUUCCUUUUGGGGCUGGCUGUCAAUUGUGUAUCUUAGCGACGGUGACUUGGCGUUCCAAGCGUGGGCUGUGAAAUCUUGGGUGGGACGUGAUCAGGUUCUUUCUCAGAUGCAUCAAGAAAAUGGAAUUGAAUUGUAACAUUUCUCGACGAGCUUUUAAAAAUCCCUCGGGCCCUUCCCAGGGGCUCGGUUAGAUAGCAUGGGGGAGCGACAUAAAUCCAAUGUCAUUGACUCACCGUUUGCAACGGUGUCACUCCUGCU